AGAAUCCCCUAUACUACGAAUGUACUGUAUUGGGUUGAACAUUUUUUCAUUUUUCCCAAAAAUGUUUUGAUUUCCCCUCUUGAUGUUGUACUUACAGCUGAGUAUUUGAAAGGUAUGGAGUCCCACCUCGUGGCUAUAAUGUCGACUAUUACAACCAUUAGAUGACGACGAUAGAGGCUUCCUCUUUCUUCCACGAGCACAGUAAACUUUUCUAGCACAAUCAAGGUGAACGACGACGAUAAGAAAAAGAUUCCUAGGUAUUGCGGACUCAUCAGUGGAGACUAUGGCACAAGUUUUUUCCUAUCGAUUGGGAAGAAGAUUGUUUGAUAUUUUGCAAUACAGUUGUACCAACAUUAAUUUUUAUUGCAUUCAACUAGUCGUGACCCGAGUGUUUAGUUGCUAAGAGGAAAGGCAUAGACGACAGAGAAAGGAGGGCAACACUGCUAGGGACUGGAAGAAGAGCAGAGAAGGGCGGGCGGCGGAGGAUAAUCCUCUAAACCCUAGGAUAAUCCCCUAAACCCUGAGGAUAAUCCUCUAAACCCUAGGAUAAUCCUCUAAACCCUGGAGGAUAAUCCUCUAAACCCUAGGAUAAUCCUCUAAGCCCUGAUGAUAAUCCUUAAAGCCCUGACUUUAGACUUCGACUCUUGCCGAUUGUUAUUAUAUAAGAGGAAUUAAGUAGAAAAUGUCGUCUGCGUCGUCGUCCGAGCAGGACGCUUCUGAGCAGUCGGCGGGGACUAGACGGGUCGUCUCUCGGUCCGACUGGGACCGCAUGGUAAAGGAGCUAACGCCAUCUCCGAUAAUCGAAACUGUUAAACUUGUUUGUGUUAUGGUAGAAUAAGAUAAUUCAUGACUUUCAAAAACAUCUUGCUAAGCAGGUCUUCCUUCUAAACGCGAGGGGAAAGCCGACCAAGAAGUGAGGGACGCCAUCCUUCCAUGCCCUCUUCUGAUUGAUCUCUUCUUUUGUCACAAGCUCACUAUCAAAGAAGAUGUAGUUUUUUGUGUACGUUUUAUGACCUGACGAGCCUUCCUCAUAAACGCUCUCUUCUAAUCCGAGCAGCCUCCUCCUUGUGAGUUUCGGAUGGUACUCAGCGUUAAAUAUGGCUAUCUGCGUCGGCUGGGAAGCACUCGACAAACGGACAGUAAAGAUGGUUUUAUGGCAAACGGAGGACAGUCUAUAGUAGAUUGUAUAUACCACGCCAUUAAUGGACCAGAUGUACUAGAACUAAAUGGGACGACACCAUGAUGAUGAUUGGGAGGCGUCCUUUGCAUCAUCCUCUGAGGCUAUCCUAUGCGACUUAUGCUGUCGUAUCCUAAAAUCAUGCUAUCCUAGUACUGUCUACUGGGUGUCUCAUGGUAAUCAUCAUCCGCAUCAUUGCGCUUUUCAAGUAUCUCUUUGGGAUCGUAAUCAGCUAGAACAAGUCGUGUCCGACCUAAUGACUGAAACUCGCUUCAUUAUAAGUAGACCCAACCGCUCAGCAGGGAAGAUCUUGCUAUUGAUGAUUUGACUCAUUGAUUGAGGGACUGACUUGUUGAGCGCAGCCAUACGUGUACCAGAACAUAGGCUCUAAUUUUUCCACUCUUGCAGAUAUGCUCUAAUUUUUCCACUCUUGCAGAAACUCACGGUCCAAGUCGGCUUAUGAAUCUUAAUGUAGAAUGUGCUCGGAAGCAUUGAACUUAUUCGAAAACUCAAAAUAAGCGAGCUACUGACUGAAAUAAGAGAGGCUUGACUACAUUCCUCUUCUUUCAGUAUCUCGCUUAUUUUAAGUAGUUACUCGCUUAUUUCAGUUUAUCGAAUAGAUUCAUUGCCUCUAGUUCAGUCUCUCUCUCCAGCUACCUUGAAACAGUUCAUCUGCGAAUGAAAUUCCCACUUACCCAUUCCUGGAUUUAGGGCAGGCCUAUUUUUGACAUAGAACUAUGGUGUAGAAAAAUCAAGUGUCGUCUAAUCCUAGAUAUGACUUGGACGAAGGGGUUGGUGCGAAACGAUGCGGAUGGAUUCGUUAUACCGACAUUUCUGUGGCUAGGCAUCUUACUCCCGUCUUGGUUCUUCUACGAGCUGUGGCGUGCCUACGUUUACUUAAGGCUGGAUCUGAUCAUCAGUACAUCAAUUAUCAAUCUAGGACAACAUACAAUGUUCUUGGGAAGUGAGAAGUACGACGUAGUUUUGGUCUUUUUUAGGCUGCAGUGCGCGACUACUUGAGGUCAUUUAUAUGUGUCUUCCUGCUUCGACCGCUCCUGUGUGCGAGUUGUAAUAUGUACGUCUUGUUCGUCAUCUUAAAUAGUCAUAGUGUAGGCUUCUAAUUUGAGGCUUUUCUUUUCCGCGUGUAAUUCUGUACAACGCAGUCCGGUUGGGGCCGAUGUAUUGCAAUUUCAUGUACGUCUACGUACUGGCGCACAAAGAGGGGCAUCUGAAUUUAAGGAGACAUUUUCAUUUCAUCUAUUCUUUUUCUUUACUCUCCUUUAGAAACACAAAAUAUGAAGGCUCUCCGUCUAUUCUGUAUUCUCCUUUGGAAAAACGAAAAGAAGUAGAAUCAAUGUUGCAGAGGAGUUUUAGCCAACUACUUCUAUUUCUGUAGACAUAGGAGCUUCAGUGAGGGUGUAGGAAUUGGAUACUGGAGGAAAGCUGUUAGCGGCCAUAGCCCAUAUUAAUAGAUCACGGACAAGAACAGCGAACAACUUGUUCCAGAUGAAGAUAUGCAUAACGGAAACCGCUAAUACACGGAAACUUGCUGCAGCUUUGGCCAGCCUCUCUUUUGAGAGGAACAUUAAGGCAUAGAAAUUACACGGAAACGCAUUCAACACUUAUACACAGAUAGUAUAGUAUUCAACACUUACACACAUAGAAUUCACACAGAUAGUAUAGGACUGUAAUUAAUUGAUUGAAAGGGUGGCAGCAUAUAGUCCUAACGCAAAAAAAAAAAAUGUAGCGGGUGCUAGGAACAGCAUCAUCAGGGAUACACACGUGGCAUGUAGCUACGAGUCAAGUUGCUUGCCCGAUUCUAACCUCGUGACUGGGUUUACUACUACUACGAUUACUUCUACUUCUACUAUUACUAUUAGGAUACUUUAGGAUACUCGUUGAUAGUUGCCCUUUUCUCUUUUAUAUCUUCCUCUGUCUGGUCUGUCUUUUUUCUAGUUAGGUCGGCUCCACCACAACUAUUGCUAGUGAUGAUUCACCUCUCACCUUGCCCUUUUCUAAUGCGUAACGGAAUCUCCAAGGGAUUUGCUGCGGUGAUCAAAUACCCCUUCAACCACUGGGUCGGCCUUUUUCACGGUGUCGUGCCUGGCGCAUUCACGUACUCACACGUCUACAAUCAUCACAAGUACAGCAAUGGAUACCAUUAUGGGACGAUGAAUAUUACAGUUGUUACAGAGAUCAAUACCCUUACGAAUGAUUUUCUACCUCCUGUCCUGUCCUAGCGCAGAUGUGGUAAUGUGUUUCUCGCAAUCUAGUUCUGCGUGAUGUCUACUACCUGUGGUCGGCGAUUUCUCUAAGCUGUGGAUGUUUAUUGUACGCUGUAUCGACCGCGAGAUAGCUUUGCGAAUUUUGUGCGGUAUUUGCCUUGUUGGCUGAGCUACUCGACGAACCUGAGCACUAUUUUUAUGGAUCAUGGAUGCAAGUACUUAGUACUGUGGUUUUUAACAUGAUCGUUGCUGGUUCUUUGGUGAUGAAGAGCGGCCACAGGGGUAGGACUAUCUAGCCUUUUUCAUGUGCUCAAGGAUAGCCAUGAAAGAGGCGCCAUGACGUUACCGUAGGGUCGCGUGACACGCCGUGCACCGCAUUCUUGUUAAAAUCGAGUACGUCACCAGCAGCUAGUAUUAUUGCCUUUGCUCCUACCGGCAACCAAUUGUGAUUCUUCUUGAUGAUUUUAGCGCGCACUUCAUCGUAUCUCGACGUUCUAAUGUCCAUGCCUUUUGCCAGGAGGGCCGUUAUCGAUGGGCGACCCACGUGGCGCUCUACACCUCUGCCUAUUGGGCCUUCGUUGCUGUCUGUGUCAAAAUCGCUCCCCUCUUAUGAAACGGAAAAGGUGUACUCAUCCUCAAGCCAGAGGAUCUGCUGAGGAACGGAUAUCGGAUUUAGGCAUUUGUUUCUAACUAGUAAACAGCCGUAGCCGUUUUGGCUCAAGGAAGCAAUAUCAACUUUUGUGACCUUGUUGCCCAUCCAAAGAACCCUGCUACGAGAAAGUUCUUCCCCUAGCAGCAGCUAUCGGAACAUAUCAAAGGAGUCUUCAUUCAGCCUACUCAUGGACGAAUUCCUACACCAGGGGACUCCGCCUCUUUAUUUCUUAGGUAGCAUCCUCCAUGAGACAUCACGAGUACACUUUCUCCUGUCAUACCUCUUUGCACUCUCCACUAUUGUUUUUGCCUUCUUUGAAGCUAGUACACUGUUAGCCCUUGUGAAUCUGGUGUGGCACGGCUUCGUGGAUGAGCGCGACCCGUCAAACGAGUACGUGAAUAGCACCACAAUUGUUGUUAAGGCAAUUACCACAAACAGAGGGCAUCCUCUAGUCCAGCCGCAUGAUCCUCGGCGCUCUUUCUCAAUGGGAGGAAAUGAUCUCUAUCGGCCUCAGCAUCAGGAUCUCUAUCGGCCAUUUUCCUAACUUAGGUGGAACAAGACGCCCAUGGUCAUGCUGUAGGGGAGGCGAAGGAUCAUGAGUAGGUGUAGCUCUAAUGUUAACGGCUUGAAUUUCACUCUGAAGGAAGAGUAUCACGUCGUGCAUCACCAGUACCCAGGAGCUCACUGGACGAAGCACGAGGAGCUAUACGAGAAACAUCUGAACAGCUAUACGCUGAAGGCGUUGUUAAGGGUUUCCACCAAAUUACAUUCCCCAGUGCUAAACCAUCCUUGGCUUUUUGUUUCUAGAAGAGAAUAAGACAAGCCAAGGAAGAAGUUCUGAGGAAUGUAAUUCUCUAACGUUGGAGAGGAACAGCAAUGCCAGUCCAGGAGGGUCGCUGAAGAAAACAACGAGCACAGAAGUAGAUAUUGCGAGUACGAAAGCUUCAGAGUCAGACGCAUCAGAAAACGCUCUAGAAGAAGAACUCUCUUCAGGAAGCACAUCGCCUGAUCGCUUUAUGCUUAUAAACUGUUGGCACUUUAUUUUGUUCGCUAUCGUAGUUUACAACCAGUUUAUUAGCGUAUCUUGAUGUAAGCUCUAAGUCGCCUUGGCGUCAAAAGAUACCCCCAGAACAGGUAAAUGAAUGAAUGAAUGAAUGUAAGUAUUGGCAUUGAGAUCACUCAACAUUUUCACAGUCAUUCAUCUAAGAACAUGCGGAGUCGGAAGGAGCCAUCCCCCUCAAGUAAACAGGCGUCCGACAAGAAGGCGCCCUCAAGCAGUUAAGGAUAUCCAUCUCCUAACUAAUACCGUUACAGUCACAAAUAAGUAGAUGAUGUCUGUAGUUGGAUCCAUUAUUCAACUUCAACGCUUACGUGAGAAGUCCCUAACACACAGAGAGAUAUGUGAAACAAUAUCUUCUCUAGGAUAAGUAGCUAUAGGAUCUCGCUAUAGUAUCUCGCUAUAGGAUCUCGCUAUAGUAUCUCGCUAUAGGAUCUCCCUAUAGUAUCUCCCUAUAGUAUCUCCCUAUAGGAUCUCCCUAUAGUAUCUCGCUAUAGUAUCUCCCUAUAGUAUCUCCCUACAGUAUCUCCCUAUAGUAUCUCCCUAUAGUAUCUCCCUACAGUAUCUCCCUAUAGUAUCUCCCUAUAGUAUCUCCCUAUAGUAUCUCCCUAUAGUAUCUCCUCUAGGAUAAGUAGCUAAGUGGCACAUCUCCUGUAGGCUCUAAGGAAUUAGCUACUGUCGUUCGACGCGUCGUGGUGGACCGAUAAUUGCUACGGGCUUCGAAAAAGAGAACCUCUUCGAAAUUUUCGGGAUGAUGUGCGCACAGGACUACAUGAAACUGGCGUCGCUUUUCUAUCAGCCGUUCAAUUCCGAGACGAAGUUUUCGCAAGAAGAGCUGGCGGAAUUGAUAAAGUUAAGAUGUGCUUGAGGUUUGACCCAAGAACAACAUGUCGCCUCAACAUCGGCUAUUACCUAUUGAUGGACCCUUAGUACUUCCAGUGUACUUCUAAUCAAAACCCGUUUACGAGCACACGGACCGGAGCUAGCGCUACGAACAGCGGGAAUCGUGCCAGAUGUUGCGUAGCUUGUGCCAGAAAUAUAAUGUGGAUGGAAGUGUAGUCACUUUUCCGAAGAAGGGCUAGGUUUCCUAUUGAAUAUUUUACUCUGAUUUUUUGACUCAGUUGUAACUUCGAAGAUUGAAGAUGUGGUGUCUAUUUUCCAUCUGGCGACAUACUGUAUAGCCUAUCCCUUUUACUUUUGGCGCACCUUACAGCCUAUCAUUUCUACUUCUGAAGAUCUGAUCACAGCCUGUAGAAUCUUGUGCCUCUAGAAUCUUACUACUUUUUACCCUCCAGCUGUAUGUAGCGUACACUUUUGUGGUCUUCUAUUUUACAUCUCUCUGAUAAAUAAUUUCUCUGACUCUGAUGAUCAUGCACCUUAGGUUAUCCUUAUCUCAUUCACCAUCCUAUUCAUUACACCAUGUAGUGCAAGGGGAAAUUUGUACUUAUUGCCACUUCGUACUAUCCCCCUUGCUGCGGGUGAUUUUCCUACAACGAGGCCCUGCUAAUCUAGUCCGUAAAUUCAGAUACGAGGCAAGAAUAUAGUAGAUGCCCUGCUAACAUACGCGUUAAGGUUCUUGCUGCGGGUGAUUUUCCUACAACGCGGCCCUGCUAAUCUAGUCCGUAAAUUCAGAUAUGGGGCAAGAAUAUAGUAGAUGCCCUGCUAACAUACGCGUUAAGGUUAUAAGAUAACAUGGAAAUGAAUAGUACACGCACCUGCUUAAACUUGUAUUGUUAAUACCAGGCUAAAAAGCGUACUAGAUUCUGCUGCCUCGCUCUAAUAGGUUCGGUAGAUGAACGAGGUGGGCAGACUUUACAGUACAGGCAUCUGUGAGCUAAAAAAAUGCUUCGAGACUCAUCUAGGAGGACAAUACCUACAAUUCCCCUCCCUGUCCCACUUACGACAUUCUUUUUCAUUUUCGUCACUAUCUAUUGACUAAAGAUACGCCUAUCCUUAACCUUACAGAUACCAUCUGUUUCAUAUUCUGUGCUAACUAAGGCUGAUAGCAUGACCUGAAGUUCUUCGUGUGCAGUUGAUGACAAACCGAUAUGAUGUGACGUGGGUGUUUCUUCGAGAUGUUACAGAGCUGUUGCUCUAGAUCGAUGAUAAUGGCAACUUCACGAAGAAGUAGCGAAGUCAGUUUUGCUUCAGCGUUGCUGAAGCACGCUGCAUGUGAAAUUUUGAAAUUUUGACACCAUGAUUUGCUUCCGCAAGAAGGCGCGUCAUCAAUCUUUCUGAGAAUCCAUCAUGACUGACCUGCACAACCGCAACCGCGGG